AUGGGGCCAGCUGAGCUUUCUCUGCAGCCCUGGGACCCUGUCUCUCCGCAGCUGGCCCAGGCUCACGGCAACGUGUUCACCGUGUGGGUGGGCCCGACGCCCGUGGUGGUGCUGAGCGGCUUCCGGGUGGUGAAGGAAGCCCUGGUCUCCAACUCGGAGCAGCUCUCAGGCCGGCCCCUCACCCCGCUCUUCCGGGACCUGUUUGGAGAAAGAGGUAGACCCUUCGACCCUCGGGUACACAUUGUCACGUCCACGGCCAGAGUCAUUGGGGCCCUCGUGUUUGGCCGCUGCUUCCUCUUGGAGGAGCCCUUCUUCCAGGAACUGAUUCAAGCCAUCGACUUUGGCCUGGCCUUUGUCAGCACCAUUUGGCGCAGGCUGUAUGAUCUGUUCCCCUGGGCCUUCCGUCACCGCCCAGGCCCCCACCAGGAGAUGUUUAGGUACCAGAAGGCUGUGCGAGGCUAUAUCUGCCGGGAGAUCAGCAGACACAAACUCAGGACACCUGAGGCCCCCAAGGACUUCAUCAGCUGCUACCUGGCCCAGAUCACUAAGGCCACGGACGACCCUGUCUCCACAUUCAAUGAAGAAAACCUGAUCCAGGUGGUGGUCGACCUGUUUCUGGGAGGCACCGACACCACGGCCACUACCCUGUGCUGGGCACUCAUCUACAUGGUCCAGCAUGGAGCCAUCCAGGAGAGAGUGCAGCGGGAGCUGGAUGAGGUGCUGGGCACCUCCCGGGCCGUCCGCUACGAGGACCGCAAGCGACUGCCCUACACCCGCGCCGUCCUCCACGAGGUGCAGCGCCUCAGCAGCGUUGUGACCGCAGGUGCCGUGCGCCAGUGCGUGACCUCCACCCGUGUGCACAGCCACCCCAUGCCCAAGAGCACCAUCAUCUUGCCCAACCUGGCCUCUGUGCUCUAUGACCCUGAGUGUUGGGAGACCCCCCAACAAUUCAACCCUGGCCACUUCUGGGACAAGGAUGGAAACUUCCUGGUCAAUGAGGCCUUCCUGCCAUUCUCUGCAGGGCAUCGGGUGUGCCUAGGGGACCAGCUGGUUCAGAUGGAGCUCUUCCUGAUGUUUGCCACCCUCCUCAGGACCUUUUGGUUCCAACUGCCAGAGAGGAGCCCAGGGCUGAGGCUGGAGUACAUCUUUGGGGGCACUCGGCAGCCCUGGCCCCAGAAGAUCUGUGCCGUGCCCCGUCUGAACUGCCUCAAACCCAGGUCCUGGAGAGGAGGGCGUGUAGCCAAUGGCAGGGGGCGGGGGCGGUCUGGAGACUUGUCCCCCACAGAGACCUUCCUUAGUCUCUUUCGGCUCCUGAAAAGUUGA